AUGUUGAACGCAGUGCGAUUUGCGUUUGCCACCUUGGCAGUCCUCCGUGUGGUGACUGCCACGGACUCGGAAUGUCUGGAGGCGGACUGCGGUGUGGUUGAGGAUGAAACCCCACUGCUGGAUGUCCAGCUCCUCCAGAAGUCCUUGCGCCUAACUCCCUCGAAGCCGUCGGCCUUAGAGGCGGUAGAAGCUGAUGGCAGUGUCACUGCUGGAGAGGCGGACAUCCAUCCCUUGGAGGAGCAUUCUCUCCUCCAGACCUCCAUCGAGGUCGGAGAAGCGGAGAACAUGACCGAAGUCUUGGGAAUGGACGGCAGCGCGGCG